AUGGCGGUUGCUAUUAUGCCUCAACAACUUCAUUCAUUGUCUCCAUUAAUUUUAUCAUCACCAAUCCAUCGGAUUAAACCACGUAUGAAACCAACGACUUCGUCCGUCGUCAAAAAUCUUGAAAGUCUUUUCGACGAACAAUCUUCAUUGCCAUUAGUGAAACGUUCAUCACAUCCCGAUCUUCAACGAAUUGAUUCACAAACACUUGCCACUUUACUUGAUGAACAAUCGGAGAACUUAUUCAUUAUCGAUGCUCGUUACCCAUUCGAAUAUUCCGGUGGUCACAUAAGAACAGCAGAAAAUAUCUUCACAGAAAAUGAUCUUCGAUUAUUCUUUACGAAACUAAUCCGAUCUUCGUCUCGUCCAUUGAUAAUCGUCUUCCAUUGUGAAUUUUCUUCGGAACGCGGUCCACGUCUUUGUCGUCUAUUUCGUUCACUGGAUCGUCAACAUAAUAUGGCUAACUAUCCGUAUUUAUCGUUUCCGUCGAUCUAUUUACUUGACGGUGGUUAUGCGGACUUCUACAAUCAUACGGCUUGUCGACAAUACUGUCAACCAAAUGGAUAUAUCUCGAUGUUUGAAGAAGAAUACAGUCAAGAACUGAAAAUCUAUCGUCAUGCCAAGAAAGUUGCUAAAGGGCAGAUCUUUGCCAAGAAAUUAGUCGAACAGCAAGGUCCUAUUCAGUUCUGUAUGUCAUAA